AUGGUGAAUGCAAGAAUUGAGGUAGAGCGGUUUGAUGGGAAGGGAGACUUCUCAUUGUGGAAAAAGAGGAUGCUAGCACAUUUGUCUGUCCUUGGUUUAAAAGAUGUAUUAGAAGAGUUUAUGUCACCUUAUGUAUCAACGAUUCAGAAGGACGAAGGCGAAGAUGUUUACAGGGAGCGGUUGGUGAAAGAGGAAGCUGAAAGGCUUAAAAGAUCAGAGAAGACGAUUAAUCUGAUCAUUCUCAAUGUUGGAGAUCAUGUGUUAAGGAAGAUCGACAUGGUCUACACUGGAGAGCACAAAUUUUAUACCUUCAAGAUGGUUGAUAGUCGGAGUAUGGAUGAGAAUAUCGAUGACUUCUUGAAGAUUGUCUCUUACCUAUCAAGCGGACACACCAAGAGGGAGUGUUAUGCAAACAAGAAGAAGUAUGGCAGAGGAGAAGACGAGGCUGAGGCAGUGGUUGUAAUAGAACUUGAUUCAGAGGAUGAUGCAUUGUUGGUUUCAGAUAAGUGGCAUCAUGAUAAGUGGGUGAUUGAUUCUGGAUGUUUCUACCACAUGACGUGUAGAAGGGAUUGGUUUCACAUAGUGCAAGGGAUUGGUAUAAUCAACAUCAAAGCUUAUGGCGGUUUUGUGAAGACACUCACGAAUGUCAUGUAUAUUCUAGAAUUAAGAAGGAACUUGAUAUCUACUGGAACCUUGGGUAUUUUAAGCUUUGAGCAUAGUGGUGGACAUGGGAAAACUAGGUUUUACAAGAAUAGUAAACUAGCUCUUUCGGGAACCUUGUCUGGGUCAUUGUACCUAUUAUAUGGUGAAACUGUGUCAGGUGAAGUAAAGAGCAGUGUAAAACCAUCUAACGAUGAGACAGUCUUGUGGCAUAGACGUCUUGGGAACAUGAGUAUGAAGAAUCUACAGAUUCUGGCCCGGAAAGGGGUGAUCGAUAAGAGGAAGAUUGGGUUUUUGGAUUUAUGUGAGACCUGUGUGAUGGGGAAGCAGAAGAUAUCAAGUUUCAACAUCGGAAAACAUGCUGUUAAAGGAGAAGCAUUUAGCAAAUUCUGUGAAUUGAAUAUGUUGGUAGAGAAUCGAGUCAAGAAGAAGCAAAACGGUUUAGCUGAACGUAUGAACAUGACUCUUAUGGAGAAGGUAGGAUGCUUUCUGGUUGAGUCGGGUCUAGAAGAACAAUUCUGGGCUGAAGCGGUGUCUACGUCAGCGUAUGUGAUAAACAUGAGUCCAUCUUCUGCUAUAGAUGAGAACAUUCCGAAGGAACUUUGGUUGUGCAAGAAGCCCAGUUAUCUGCACCUGAGAAGAUUUGGAUCAGUGGUUUACGUUCAUGCAGAUCAUAAAAAGCUCAAGGGCAAAGCUAAAAAGGGAAUUUCGUCCAUUAUCCAUCAGGUAUACAAGGAUUUGAAUGUAUGCAAGGUAAAACCAAAUGACACAGAGGAGCUAAAAAAUCAGACUGUGUUGGAAGAUCCAGCAGGAUCUGCGUCAGGACCGGAAGUUGAGACUUCAUGUGGAGUUGUUGACGAAACAGCUGUCGGGGAAAAAAACUCCGACAGUGAUUUCGAGAUGGAAGAUGAAGAGGAGAUGAUAGAGGCAGCAAAGGCGACAGAACCCACCAUGACUGCUUAUCUCGAACGAGUAUUCACCAAGAAAUUCGAUGCCAUUCAAUCGAUGGUCGAAAGGCUCCCAGAUAUAUCUCCUCCCAUCUGGAGAAGCGAUCCUGGUUCAUACGCUGAUACUCCCUUCACGAACAAGAUCGCAUUGAUCGAGAUGCCGCGAAAGUUCAAUCUCCCCAGCAUGAGAAUGUACGACGGCACCGGCGACCCAGAUGACCACAUCGCUCAGUGUAAGCAACAUAUGCUCACUGUGUCAAUCCCAAAGGAUGCGAGAGAAGCAACCAUGUACAAAGUCUUCGGUUCGACCCUGAUAGGCCCCGCUAUGAAAUGGUACAUCAACUUGUCUAACGGUUCUAUACACUCCUUUGCGGCCCUAACCGACAAGUUCGUAGAACUGUUCGCAAGUAGAAGAAACCUGGAGAGGACCUCAGAUGAACUUUAUGAAAUUCUCCAGCAUCUAUCCGAACCCUUGCACACUUACAUAGUCCGCUUCAAUCAAGAGAAGGUAUCCAUCCCCGUAUGA